UCCCACCGAAAGCUGCCAGUUCGCAUUCGACUAGGUGAGAGGAGUGUUGUUCAGUACGACGGGUGAAUGUACACGUGAUAUCUUGUCGUUGCAUUAACAAGAAUAUUUUUUAAUCAAAACAAUGACAACUAAUGGAGAAUGUCGUUCCAAUGGCGUUAUGAAAUCGAAACCUAGACCUCUACUGUCGCGUAGUUGUUCUGAAAAUUAUGAAAUUAACGACGUGGAGGUGCCGGGAACUCCCAAAACACCUCGAACUUCCACAACUCCAGGUCAUGAAAAAUGCACAUUUCACCAUGACUUGGAACUGGACCACAAUCCUCCCACUAGGGAAGCCAUGCUACCAGAGAUGUCGAGGUCGUAUCGGUUGUUGCUGGGAUCUUUAGGGGAAAACCCUGACCGACCUGGACUGCUGAAGACGCCAGAACGAGCAGCUAAGGCGAUGUUGUUUUUUACAAAAGGAUACGAUCAAAGUCUCGAAGAAGUGCUAAACAACGCGAUUUUCGACGAGGAUCACGACGAAAUGGUGGUGGUUAAAGACAUCGAAAUGUUCUCCAUGUGCGAGCACCAUUUGGUUCCGUUUUAUGGGAAAGUGUCCAUCGGCUACCUUCCAUGCGGGAAAAUUCUUGGUCUCAGCAAGUUAGCAAGGAUCGUAGAAAUUUAUUCCAGGCGGCUUCAAGUUCAGGAGAGAUUGACAAAGCAGAUUGCAGUUGCUGUAACCAAGGCUGUUCAACCAGCUGGAGUUGCAGUUGUUGUGGAGGGAGUGCAUAUGUGUAUGGUGAUGCGUGGUGUGCAGAAAAUCAAUAGCAAAACUGUCACCUCGACCAUGCUUGGAGUAUUCAGAGAUGACCCAAAGACAAGAGAAGAGUUUCUGAAUCUGGUACAUUCCAAAUAAUUUUACGAGCGACGAAACGACAUAUUUAUUAAAAUUAAGAAUGUAAAGUUAAGUUUAAACACUGUCUAACACGAUGAUAAAUCUGAAAUUAGAAAAUUUUAACAACGAAUAUGUUUUCCAAGGUUUCAUGUUUCCAUUUAUGUACGCACAUUUUAUUUAAAUGUUGUUAUCGUGUUAGAAGACCUACAUUUGAAGUUUUUGAUUUUACCUUCUAAGAGCUAUAUACGUACUUAUUUUGAAGUAUAUGUAGAGCUAAGCGCAAAUAGAGGACCAUCUAUAAGACCAAUUUAGACAAUACACAUGAAUGUGUGUUAUACCAUAUUUUUUAAAUGUUUGUUUGUAUUUGCUGUGAUAUACUAAAUUAUAUAUUGGAUAUAUAAAAAAAUACUUAAAAUCUCUGCAGGGUUGCCAAUAAUUAUUAUUAUAAAUAAUUUAAACUCGAUUUUAAAAAGUAAAUAUUUUACACUUGUUAAGAAUAGUACUGACAAUGGAGUUUUCUAUUCUUUAUUACUGUUACAGUAUUUAUAAACAUAUUUUAAGAUUUACUGUACUAUGUUUAUUGACAAUCAACUUAGAAUUUUAUG